UUUAUCCAGCUCGGUUCCAACCAGUCGAAAUCCUUGGUGGCUUAUCGUAUAGCUUACCUAGCUUCCCUAGCCUACCUACCUUUCACAGAUCUAUUCCCCACGUUAACGGUGAUCACUUACACUUACAUUUACACUUACAACGACAAUUGCACCUCCGCUUACACAAAGCUUACAUGAGCCUACUAACAAGGGGUCAAUUGUAUGAUAUAGGACAAGAUCUUGUUAUACUCAAUCUUAAUGAGAGUAGGGGACCUAAUUUGUUACUCGGGUCCCGAAAAACAGAAGAUCUACAACAAAAAUUUAUGUGAAUUAUUCAACCCAGCACACAUUCAACAUUGAGGGCCCACCGCUUCAUAUAAUCGAAACACUCAAACCGCCGAUGGGGAUCAUUGAACGCUUUGCUAUCUUAUAACUAUAAGAUGGCCUUAUCUACACCAACUAGCAACGGUUCCCGUCGUUUCAACCCACUUCUAUCUCCAUCUAAGAAUGAGACGCCCAGAUCAGUAGGGAUGGUAAGACCUACAUUACCUCAAAGGGGGGUGACGAGUGCUUCUAUUGAAGAUGCGUACGUAAGCUUCAUACUUUACUGCAACCCUGCAGUGCCGUUGGAAACAGAUACGUACGCGCUGAGAGAAGCUUUUCGAACGCCACCAAAAAGUGAAGGCAAAAGCUUCAGUACCUUCACCUUGUUCGAACUUAUCAAAAAGCUCCACUCAAAGGAGCUCAAAACGUGGGCUGAAUUAGCCCUGAAGUUAGGCGUGGAACCGCCGGAUCACGACAAGGGCCAAAGCUCUCAGAAGAUACAACAAUAUGCCGUCAGAUUAAAGCGAUGGAUGCAUUCCAUGCAUAUAAAUGCCUUUUUCGACUACUUAACGGACAAUCCGCAUCCUUAUUGGACCCAGAUCCCUUCAGACCCGAACCCCGUAUGUGAAGAUGGUAGAGAUGGUGUCGCCGCUGAAGAUGACAUGGCUUUGCGUGCUUUACUACCUCAUAUUCGGCCACGGCGGGGUCGGAAGAGACCCGAGGAAGAUGGACUCAGCAAAUCUCCCUCCCAAAGGCCAAGGUUAGAUUCCCCGACACCAACACUAGGUGGAGAACCUCGAACCUCUCGUCCGGACUCUUUGGAUGCUUGGACGGCCCACCCAGAUGGAAGGAGCGCAUUCGUUUUUCCACCUGUCGACCCAAGAUCGAGUGUGUUACCAGAAACGAAUUCAGCCUACCCAUGGGGUAAUGAUGUUUCACGUGAGCCAAUGUCGGCUUAUCCCCAGUCUGCUAUGACACCUUCGACUAGAGGAGUAUUUUGGGGGGACCCGAACGAACCCCGUUCGGCCAUUAGUCCUAAAACCAAAUCCCUUGGUCGUCGUCACGGAGCUAAGGUAGUAUCUUCUGCUUGGAGAAGCGGUGGGACGUCAACCAGUGGUAGACCCCGAGGAAGACCACCAACAAAUCGGCCUGGUGAGAGCUCGUUAUCCGCGAUUCCAGAUGAACGUAGGGAGCUCCAAUCGGCGAUUGCUUUCGGCCAGAAUACUCCCCAAUCAAGCCCGCCACCUCCGCCUCCACCAAUGCCCCCUCCAGAUCCGGUACCUAAAUCGGCUGGACCUACUUCUGCGCCGACAGUAACAACACCGACGUUAACACCAACGUCUGCUCCCAGCUCACGACCUUCCCGACCUGGUCGUUUAUCUCUCCAAGUGCCAGACCGACCUGGCGGACCUGUCAGAUUAGCUACACCUCCACCACCCGUAGUAAUGGUGAAUGGUAAGAGUACAGCUAAUGGGAACACUGCCAAUGGCACCCGUGCUCCGAUGGACCCACCUGUCGAAGAGACCUCUUCAUUUUUCACCCAUACCACUACCGUAUUCACAGCCAAAUCAAAAGAUGAUCCUCCGGACUCGCCUACACGUUACAAUCCAGACGACAGCGACCGGACAAACUGUGACGAGAUUGAAGCUAUGUUCGUAGCAGAUAUACUGGAAUGCACAUGGUACGACGAAAAAGGCCAGCGUGGACCCCCCGCCGGCAUUGAUGAAGCGGUCGCUCUAGUCAAAGCAGUUAUAGCGACCAUAGCGCGUCGCGCACCUACUAAAAAGGCAUUUCUUCUCAAUCUAUCCACGCUCGCAGGAACAAAAUACCUUCAGAAAGCAGGUGGCAACACGGUACAGCGUGUGGAGGUCGGACCCGAUUUCACGCGAUACCAAUGCUCGUGGGCGCUCAGGUACGGAUCUGCGGCAAGCAGUCAGCUCACGCUUACGGAGACGGUACCUCAUGCAAGGUGGAAGAGAGGCGCGCAACGACCGGGCGAAGAGAGGUCCGCAGCUGAUGUACCGGCGGAAGGAGAAGAAGCAGCAGCAUUUUGGAAGGCGAGAUAUGCGGACCUGGUGAGAGUGGUGAAUAAACGGAAUGAGGAUGCUACAAGGGUACUUUGGGGGGUGAGAGAUGGAUGAGAAGGCUGAUAGGGCCUUCAGUGUACAAGGGAGUGUAUUAGUAUGCUGUGGCCUGCUAUUUGCUAUUUGUGGUUUAUAUCUA